GGGUUGGGGGAGGGGAGGGGGGGAGGGGGAAGGCAUGAUCCUGCAGAGCCCUAGCCAGGAGCCGCAAGUGCGCGCCCAAGUCCCGGCAGGAGAAGGCGCACGGUCCGUGGCCCCGCCCCCGGCCCGCCCCGGCCUCCCCGCCCCCUCCUCCUCAGUUGUGCCCCGCUUUCCCCUCCCCUGCUAGUUAAGGCCGGUGCGAACUCGGCUGGGGGCGCUUAGUCUGUCGCGCCGAGCAGGCUGCCGGGCCGGCCCUCCGCGCACGCGCACUCCGGCUGCUCCUCCGCUCGCCCGUCCCCCCGGGCCCGGGCCGCCUUCCAUCGCCCCGGCGCCGCCCGCGCCAUGCGGGACUACGACGAGGUGACAGCCUUCCUGGGCGAGUGGGGGCCCUUCCAGCGCCUCAUCUUCUUCCUGCUCAGCGCCAGCAUCAUCCCCAAUGGUUUCAACGGCAUAUCUGUGGUGUUCCUGGCGGGGGUCCCCGAGCACCGGUGCCGGGUGCCCGCCUCGGCCAACCUGAGCAGCGCCUGGAGAAACCAGAGCGUCCCGCGGCACCUGCAGGACGGCCGCGAGGUGCCCAGCAAGUGCCGGCGCUACCAGCUCGCGGCGCUGACCAGUUUCUCGGCCCGGGGGCUGGUGCCCGGCAGGGACGUGAACCUGAGCCAGGUGGAGCUGGAGCCCUGUCUGGACGGCUGGGAGUACAGCCAGGACACGUACCUGUCCACCAUCGUCACCGAGUGGGACCUGGUCUGUGAGGAUGACUGGAAAGCUCCAUUAACUACCUCCUUAUUUUUUGUGGGUGUGCUUGUCGGAUCCUUUAUUUCAGGACAGCUCUCAGACAAGUUUGGCCGGAAGAAUGUUCUCUUUGUGACGAUGGGAAUGCAGACGGGAUUUAGUUUCCUACAAAUCUUCUCCACAAGCUAUGAGAUGUUCUCAGUGCUAUUUGUCCUUGUGGGCAUGGGACAGAUAUCUAACUAUGUGGCUGCUUUUGUUCUUGGAACAGAAAUUCUGGGCAAAUCAGUUCGAAUAAUAUUCUCCACCUUGGGAGUUUGCAUAUUUUAUGCAAUUGGCUAUAUGCUCCUGCCUCUGUUUGCUUAUUUCAUCCGAGGAUGGAGGAUGUUACUGCUGGCCCUAACCCUGCCAGGGUUGCUGUGUGUUCCUCUAUGGUGGGUCAUUCCUGAGUCUCCCAGAUGGCUACUGUCUCAGGGAAGGUUAAAAGAGGCAGAGGUCAUCAUCCAAAAGGCUGCAAAAAUCAAUGGGAUCGUUGGGCCAUCAAUAAUAUUUGAUCCUCUGGAGUUGCAAGACCUGAAUUCUCGGAAGCAACAGUCCCAUAGUAUUUUGGACCUACUUCGAACCCAGAACAUCCGGACUAUCACCAUCAUGUCUAUAAUUCUGUGGAUGACAAUAUCAGUGGGCUACUUUGGCCUUUCACUUGACACUCCAAAUUUACACGGGGAUAGCUACGUGAACUGCUUCCUCUCUGCUGUGAUCGAAGUCCCUGCAUACAUUAUUGCUUGGCUGCUCUUACGGACCCUGCCCCGACGGUAUUCCAUGUCAUCUGCCCUUUUUCUGGGCGGCAGUGUUCUUCUCUUCAUACAACUAGUACCCCCAGACAUUGACACUGCCUUGAUUGUGGCCAACACAUCUGACUCUCGGGUGAGAAAUAUUUCUUGGUAGAAAGAAAGGAAAACUUGCAAAGCAGGAAUUAUUUCUUCCUAUCCCUCUAACCAUCCUGUUACCACAGGCAGGAACCAAAUAUCCCAUGUCAUAUUCUUGUCCUGUCCUGUACUGAACUGCAUCAUUUCCCUGUCUUAAGGAGGCAAAAGCAACAUAGGAAUUGAGGGCAAACGCUGACACUAGGUAUCCUUAGUGAAUAGCCAUUCCUAGUCCCAUGUUCUUGGGACAGAGUCCUGAACUGAGCCAGGUCAGUGGUUGGGAAAUCCAACUAAGAGAUUACUUCUAACCUCUAAGAGGUCUUCAUUUACCCAGGCCAAGGUAUAGUGGACAGAAAUAGCUUAAUAGAGAAAUAUUACUUUAUUGCUCACCAGCUCCAGUGUCCCCAGAAUCUAUCCAGAAUCUUCUAGCAGAGCAUUUAUUAUAGGGAAAGUGCUAAACUACAUACAAGUGCUAAUGUGAGGAGGCAUCCUUAAAGAGUGUCAGGAGAUUUUGACUCCUCCAAGAUGGCACUGACAUGUUACUGUUAGGUUAUCUGACUGAAACUAGUUAAAUAACCUAAGGGACAUUGGGAUGGGUCUGAAGAAAUCAGUCUUGGGAAGUGCAGAAUGGAGUAAAUGAAGAAUAUGAACCCCCAUCUGGGGAACAAACUCCACAGGCAGCUAAAAGUGAAGUAAAUAUGAAUGGAUGCAGCACGGGGCUCCAUACUUUAG